AUGGCUAGUUCCCAGGUCCGCUGCCUGGAGAGCGACGAGCCAUAUGUUAAAGUCACGGAAUCAAAUCCUGAAUUUUAUUACUGUGAGGGUCAGCGGCUGGCCCUCGAGGACCUCCUAGCUAAGGGCGAGGAGGCCUAUAAGGAGCGGCUCUCCCGGGAAAAGCUGCGCCCCUUUCUGUCCGAUGGAGAGCUGCGGGAAUUGAAGGUGGCAGCCGAAGACUCGGGGCCUCCCCCACCAGGCGGGGCAGGGAGCCGCAACGGCCUUGGAGAUGAAGGGUCGAGUCUCAGCUACUGGCCUGGACGAUCGGAUGAGCCCACUCCAGAACUGGACCUGGGGUGGCCAGACAACGGCACCUGGAAAGGGAUUACUCGAGCAGAGGUCUAUACCCACCCUCCAGGAGAGGGAGCACCACACAUCAAGGAACUGGUGCGCAGAGGCAUCCAACAAGCCAACAAGGUGAUUGCUAUAGUCAUGGAUGCUUUCACGGACCCGGACAUCCUCUUAGAUCUGUAUGAUGCAUCUGUCAGGCGCCAAGUCCCCGUCUACAUCGUUCUGAGCCGACAGCAUCUUGCCUCCUUCCUCACCAUGGCUGAGAAAACCUGCCUUAAUGUCCGUCACACAGAGAACUUGAGAGUCCGGGUCAUCCAUGGUUGCAUGUUCCAAAGCAGACACCAGAGACAGGUGACGGGGACCAUGAAGGAGAAAUUUGUACUGUUCGACGGAGAAGUCGUCAUCACUGGCAGCUACAGCUUCACGUGGACUGAUGCCCGCUUGAACCGCCACCUGGUCACUCGGCUUACAGGGGAGGUAACGGACGCCUUUGACCAGGAAUUCCGCACCUUGUAUGCUGCUUCCUUCCCCUUGCCGGCCCCAGAGAUGCCACCUAGACCCCAGGUAGCUUCCAUGACUCCGCUGCCGAGCAUCAAUGGGCCAGAGGUAGCUCCCUACAUCAGCGUCCUGGAUGGGGUGCAGCUGUCCAACCGCAUUGCAGAGCGGCGCUCCGUGGCCCCUCAACCCGUGGCCAAGAGCCGUGCUGGUGACUGGGAGCUCGUAUUAGCCUCACCUGCUACUGCUGAGGAGCCCAUGCUGCCUGCCCCAUCACCCGAGGUGUCCAUUCGAAACCGGCUUGCAGCAUGGCGGGGCCCGGACCUUUCUGGACAGGCCCCACACGGAUCCCCUGAUGGGCAUAAUGCUCUUAGCGAUAUCCUUAGGAAUGUACAGCGGAGCCGGCUCUCAGCAGCCAAGACUACGGGGGCCCGUGCUAGUAAGUCACUCUGGGACCUCAGCCGCUUCAGUCAACUCUCUGGGUCCAGUGCAACAGGUUGGGGACGGAACGGGAUAGACGCGGCUGAAGAUGCUAAGAAGUGGGGUUACCAGGACACACCAGCAAGGGAGCUGAUGAAACAGCGAGGGGCUGGCCAUGCCCCCGAAGAGCCAAGGAUGCCCAUCUACUUGCCACAUGGACAUAUGAACCCUUCCCCUGGCUAUUUGCCUUUAGGAAGACUACAAGGACAGCUGUAUCAUAAGCCUCCCAAUACAGGCCUGCCCCGUGCAUGGAGGCACCCAGGGAAACCCCAAUAUGGACAUCAGCUUCGGUUCUGA